AUGCCUAAUUCAGUACUUGACACAUCCACAAGCCAACUUUCAACAAUACCACAUGGCAAUAAAGUUCAACAUCCCCUCGGUGGUGGUUCUUAUGUAUUCAAAAAAAAUUACGUUGAUUACAUUAUAAGUCAGGUAACCAAACCAGAAAUAAAGAUAAGUAUAGGAGCCCAGCCCAAUGGUUCGCCACAUUUUGGUACCUUGACUACCUUCUCUUUAGCUUUCUCGCUAGCCCAAAAACUACAAGAGAAAAAAAAAGUAUCUGUUGUUUUAGAAUUAGUGGAUACCGCUAAAGAUCAUGAUCAGGAUUGUUUUUUUGAUGGCAUUGGUUAUCAAAAAAGCCUUUCUUAUACUGGUAAAAUUGAUCAAUACCUGAAUUAUUAUCAGGAAUUAUUGGAAAAAUUAAAGUCCUAUUCCGGUGUGAAUUUUGAAAUAAAAUAUCAAACCGAUUUCAAUUCUCACGAAAAAAUACCAGAAAUAAUUGGCAAGCUGAUUAAUAAAAGGGAGCGAGUUGGCGCUUUGCUGUCUCCUGAAACAAAGUGCUUAGCGUUUAGAGCUGCUUGCCCGCGUCCCGAAUGUGGUUUAGCCGACAAACAUGGACUAAAAAAUUCCUAUGAUGAUAAAAAGAUUAAGUUUUUUUGUCCUAAACAUGGUGAUUACUUAAUCGAUUUUGAAAAAGAGCCCUGUAAGUUGGAGUAUAACACUCCCUUAAGAAAUUUAGUCAAAGGAAUAGUAUACUCAGAAGAUAAUAAGAACAAAAAUAUUAAUCAUGCUUGGAUUAGAGUGACCGGAAGUGAUUAUGCUGGAACCUACCAAGAACAAAUUCUCUAUAAAGGUGCCUCCAUAUUAGAAACUAAUGCCAAUGAUUUACCUUUUAUAGUUUACUGUCCGUUGGUAACUGAUUGGUCUGGCUCUAAAUUGUCUAAAUCACUUUACGUUGCAGGAGAUGCUUACGAAUAUUUGUGUCAACAAGAACUCGAUUGUUUUAUUGACUAUAGUAAAUUUGAAGAGAGAUUUGGCAGUGAUGGGUUAGAAAAGCUGUAUCAAGAGGUCAGUUUAUGGUUGGAUGAAUCAUAUAGACUAUUCAGAAAUUAUAGUAUUCAUUAUUUCGAUGCCUUAUUCAAUAAACGAGUAAUUCAUCAAGGACCAGUGAUUUCUGGAAGACAAGCCUUUGAAUUAUAA